AUGAUUUCGUAUCCACUGCGUGAAUAUAUUUCAUCAAAAAAAAAUGAUGAUUAUCGUCAAUCUUUUUCUUCAUCAAAUUAUUCAUCAACUAAAACAAAAAAUUAUUCAGAAAACACCUACACUAAUCGUUUUCUAUAUUUUGUUAUUUUUGUUAUUCUAUUGUUAAUUAUUUGUUUUAUCUAUUCAUAUUAUUCGUUUAUUGAUCCGACUUGUUUUAAUAGAGAAUGUUCAGAUUUUGUGUGCAAAGCUUAUUCAGAUGGUUUAAUCGGUGGUCAAUUAUGUCCUGAUUUAUGUACAACAAAAUCUAUUCUAUUAGAAAAUUGUUUAGGUGAACAUAAACAAUUGCGAUCAAGACUGUUUGAUGAUAUCGAAGGAAAUCAGGUUAUACGUUGUUAUUUGAAAUAUCCAUUAAGUAAACCAAGUCCAUCAAGAGAUUUAAAAGAAUAUUUUAAUUAUCCUGAAGAUGAAUCAACACUUGAUAGAUUUUAUAUUUCACUUGAAAAACAUAUUCAAAAAACAAUCAAAUUAGACAAUCCACAUUUUCUAAUUCAAGAUCUACUUAAAUUUGCUGAUUUCAAUAAAGAUGAUAAAAUAAGUUUAUCUGAAGCACGUAGUCUUUGGUCACUUAUACAAAUAGAUGAAUUUGUUUAUACAAUAUUAUUAUCAGAUAAAGCUUAUGCACCUAAAAUUCGUGGAACAUGUGGACAUAUUUUUGCUCUUGACAAAGUUAUUAAUCAGAAUUUACCAUUUGAUGAAAAACAAGAAUUGUAUUCCUCAUCUGAACGACCGAAUUGGUAUCAACGAGUACGAUUAGCAGUUGGAAUAAUUGAAUUUUUUAGUGAUACUUGGCAUUAUCAAGAUACAGAUCAACAUUUAUAUUUAUGUCAACCUUUAAUUAAAUCGUUUGGCUAUGAUAAAGAUUAUGAAUCAAAAAUAUUAAAAUUAAAUCAUUUAAUCUCAUCAAGAUCAAUAUUAUAUCGUCUUCCAAACCGUUGUCAUGAUAAUCGAGAUUGUUUAUAUGAUUCAUAUUGUAAUGCAUGGUGUAAUACAUCAAUAAAUAGUUGUCAAAUGAAAGAAUUUAAUGAAAAUUCUUUAAAUGAGUUAUGUUCAUUAAUAUCAUCGCUAGUUAGAUCUGAUGCAAAUAUAACAUUUAUUGAAAAUUUUAAUCCUCUUAUUGAACAAUGUCAACAAAUAAUUAAUGAUGAAAGUAUAUUUGACAAUAAUCAAAUUGAUUUAAUAUCGUUACAAAUUCGACAAAAUCUUAUUUUACAAAAUUUAAAAAAUCUUCUCUGGGCAAAUAUUGAAUAUCAAAUGAAUAAAAUAACAAAAAAAACAACUAAAAAGCCCUCAUCUUUAUCUACUCAUGCAGUUAAAUAG